GUUCUCGUCGGACAUGUCUCCGCACUCCCCCGCAUCGACCUCCACCAACCACCCCGCAUCUGCCAGGUUCACCAGACGCAACCACACCGGAGCUUGAAUCUCACGAACCUCCACAAAGUGGCAAGCUUAUAACCUGCAGCAAGCUCAUACACAAGCAACCAAUCUAAUCAGUGAAGGCGUGCCACCCCAUCACCGGUCAUCGCGAUUCGAUGACGACCCUCGCGCCGAGCAAUGCCAACCCUUCUAAAGUAAAGCUAGAAACUCCCCUAGAAGGAUUCGACGAAACCGGAAUGCUUCUAGAAGGCCGCUAGAAAGGCACUAGAAGAUCACUAGAAGCUGCUCCGCCACCUCCACCAUCAUCUCAGGCCACCUCGAGGCCACCAGGCUGGACAUUCGCCGAACCAUGAGAGGCACUACCCUGACUAGCACAAGAAAAGCCGUUUCUACUCUGCCGUCUUGUUGACAUUGGCAUGCAGAUAGGUCGACGUGCCUCCUUGCUUUUGAAGUCGAGUUUAUGGAGGAGUUGCUGAGGAAAUCCAAGACUUCCCCGCGUGUCCAAGAACGCCCACGAUAAUUCUUGAAGCAAGUGGUGGCUGGGCGGACUUUCUAGUGGUGUUUGUUGAUACGAGUAGGCGAGUAAUGUGACUGUGACAUCUCAGAAUUACCAUUUUUGAUUUUGGGACCACCAUGUGAGUGUUAGUGUUGCCAGCUUCGAUGGCGAUGCCUGGCAACAGAUUUGCGGAUCAGGAGAAAUGUAUAUAUGUCAGGGAAAGUCCCCAGACAAAAUGCUGAUCUGAUUCAAGUCACCGAGAACAACUAUUCUCUGACAUCCAUUUCACAUUCUAUUUUCCUUCUACACAUAUCAGUUCCCCAUUACACUCAAGUUUGAAAGUCAACAUGGCUACCGAAGUUAGAGAUACCAAAGAUGACAUCGGUGUCAAAGGACCACAACAAAUUGAAUUCGCUGAAGAGGAUUUGAAGAGACCUCAAGGAAAGGUUGAUUACUCCGGUGCUCAGGAGAAGACUGAUCCCAGAGAAAUCGCCCUCGUGAAGAAGCUAGACAGAUGGAUCAUGCCCAUGCUAUGGUCAAUGUACUGGCUCAACUAUCUUGACCGAAACGCCAUUGCGCUGGCUCGCCUAAACAGACUCGAGGAGGAACUCAACCUCAAAGGCACAGAGUACCAAACAUGUCUCAGCAUCCUCUUCGUCGGCUACCUUCUCGGCCAAAUCCCCUCCAACAUGUUCCUCACCCGCACACGACCCAGUCGCUACAUGGGCAUCGCAAUGAUGGCCUGGGCUAUCGUCAGCGCACUCACAGCCGUCGUCCACAACUAUACCGGUCUCCUGCUCGUCCGUUUCUUCCUCGGAUUGACGGAGGCUCCGUACUAUCCCGGGGCAGUUUACAUGUUGAGUAUCUUUUACACAAGGAAGGAGAUCGCUACUCGUAUUGCGAUUUUGUAUACGGGGAACAUUCUCGCUACGGCGUUUGCUGGCUUGAUUGCUGCUGGUGUCUUCCAUGGAAUGGAUCACACUGCUGGUCUUUCUGGAUGGCAGUGGCUGUUUAUCCUUCAGGGUAUUGUGACCUUCUUGGUUGCAGUCAUUGGGUUCUUCUGUCUUCCUGACUACCCAUUGACCACAAGAUGGUUGACCCAAGAAGAGCGUCUCCUCGCUCAUGCCCGUAUGGAGGAAGACACUGUAGGCAACAAGGGCGACGCCAGCAUCUGGGCCGGUCUCAGACAAGCCGUCUCCGACCCCGUCGUCUGGCUCUUCGCAGCCAUGGCUCACAUGCAUCUGGCCGCCAACGGAUUCAAGAACUUUUUCCCAACCGUUGUUGAGACUCUCGAUUUCGGCCGCACCAUCACCCUCGUCCUCACUUGCCCACCAUAUCUCAUCGCAGGCGCAAGCACGAUCCUCGUAUCUUGGUUGUCUGGGAAGUACAACGAGCGGACCUGGCACAUCACUGCCUCCAAGUCCGUGGCUAUUAUUGGGUUCGUCAUCGCCGCCACCACGAAACCGAUCGGUGUGCGAUAUGUAAGUCCCUCUAACUAAUUCAUUCUCCCCAACUUCAAAAAACCCAAAACUAACAACCGCCCCAGUUCGCAAUGGUCGUCUUCUGCAUCGGCACCUACGCCGUCAACUCCCUCAUCCUCGGCUGGGUCGGUUCGACCUGCGGACAAACCAAGGAGAAGAAAGCAGCUGCCAUUGGUAUCGUCUCUACCAUCAUGAAUGCAAGCUUCAUCUGGACUCCGUAUCUGUGGCCCAAGAGCGAUGCGCCACAGUACGGUAUUGCGAUGUAUUCUUCUGCCGGGUUCUCGGCUGGGACGGCGAUCACUGCUUGGAUUGUGAAGUUUAUUAUGAAGAGACGGAAUGCGAAGUUGAGGGCGUCGGAGAAUGAGACGGACACUUUCUUUGUGUACUGAUCUUGCAUGUACUGGGGUAUUUGGCUGUGGUUUGCUGGGAUGAUAGGCAGGGUGGGGUGAUAAUGGAGACCUGGAUGGUAUGGACAGAUUAUUGUGCCCCUUUUUUCUUGCUGUCUGUAUCCUCUCCGUCGUCUCAUAGAAGCUUUGAUAGACUUAUUAUUAGCAGCCAGUCAGCAAUACUACAAGGAAUCGACUCCCACA